AUUAAACUCUUCAAUUCAAUGUAAACAAGGGACGAAGAAAAACACCCAAUCGUCGAUAGUAGCUUACAUAUAAAAGAAGCAGAUGUAGUAGAUUCUUCUUUGACCAGUAGAUUAGGAUUCAUUAGAAAAGUGUAUUCUAUCUUAUCCUUACAAUUACUAUUUACAGCAUUGCUAACUAUAUGGUGUAUAACAUAAGAACCCGUGAAGAAUUUUGUAGUACAAUAAAUAAUUCUUUUUGUCCUUGCUGCCAUAACUGCUAUAGUUUUGAUGUGUGUUCUCCUUUGUUGCAAGGCCAAUGCAAGAAAAGCACCAAAAAACUAUAUUUUAUUGAGUCUUUUCACCUUCUGUGAAGCAUAUGUAGUCGCCUUCAUUUGCUGCUCAACUGCCACUGAAAAUUCAAAUGGAAUCGAGAUAAUAGUUAUUGCCUUAUCUAUGACAGUCCUAAUGACAAUGGGAUUAACACUGUAUGCAUGCACAACAAAAGAGGAUUUUACAAUUUGCACAGGACUCCUUUGGUCUUUAGCUAUAUGUUUAAUAAUGCUUUUUAUUUUCUCUCUGAUAUAUCCAAGCCGCUUGUUGUCAAUCAUAUAUUCAAUUUUUGCGAUAUUCUUGUACUCCAUUUACAUUAUUGUUGACACCCAAUUAAUAGUUGGUUCCAAGAGACACUCUUUACAAAAGGAUGACUACAUUAUUGGGGCCCUCAUUUUGUAUAUCGACAUAAUAAUACUAUUUUUGGAAUUAGUAAAACUAAUAGCUUAGCUAACAGGAAAGCAUUGAGAAGAAAUAAAUGAAUAAUCAUUACAUAAACAAUAAAAUUAUAAAAUCUUCUUAUUUAAGAAA